AACUGAGGCGAGAAAGUGAGAGGAAAAAGUGGAAGGGACUGGACUGGACAGUGAUUCAUGUGAUGGUGGUUGCUUCUUCUUUUCUGCCUCCUCCUUCUUGUUGAUUAGAUUUUGUUGGAGCCUGUUUUAGUGGGUUUCACUAUCAAGCAGGCAGAAAAAAAGUGAAAUUACCCAGUUUGGGAUCUGGGUUUAGCAUUAGGAAAAUGAUGGUGAAGAAGCCUCAGUGUUGCCAGAACAGAAGAGGAACAAUGGCUGGGGUGUUUGUGGUGCUUCUUCCAUUACUUUUUCCUACUCUGUUUACUCCAUUGAGCCAUGCAUCCCCUUUAUUCUCGCAGGAAUGGAAAGCUCCAAAACCCAGGCAUAUAUCUUUGCUUAGGAGUGCUUUACAACGUGAAAGUUCUAAUGGAGAGCAGUCUGAUCUAUGGUCUCCUUUGGAGGAUCAAGGCUGGAGACCGUGUUUUGAGUCUGUAAAUGCCCCUUCACUACCAGAGAAAUCCCAAGGAUACAUUCAGGUAUUCCUUGAUGGAGGUUUGAAUCAGCAAAGAAUGGGGAUAUGUGAUGCUGUUGCUGUUGCUAAAAUACUGAAUGCAACGCUUGUAAUUCCAUAUCUUGAAGUAAAUCCUGUUUGGCAAGAUUCAAGCUCAUUCAUGGAUAUAUUUGAUGUGGAUCACUUUAUUGAUGUAUUGAAGGAUGACAUUUCAAUAGUAAAAGAGCUGCCUGAUGAAUUCUACUGGAGUACAAGGGAGUACUAUGCCACAGCCAUUCGAGAUACUAGAGUUAAAACAGCACCUAUUCAUGCAUCAGCUAACUGGUAUCUAGAGAAUGUCUUGCCUGUGUUGCAGAGUUAUGGGAUUGCUGCAAUUUCUCCGUUCUCUCAUCGUUUGUCUUUUGACAACUUGCCGAGGGAUAUCCAGCAACUGCGCUGUAAAGUCAACUUCAAAGCACUAGCUUUUGUUCCCCACAUUAGGGAGCUUGGAGAUGCUCUUGUUAGUCGCCUCAGGUAUCCUCAUGGAGACAGUGAAAAACAUAGCACUGACUUUCUGCAAGAGAUCACUGGUGUUGGUGACAAACAAAGGGCUGGAAAAUUUGUUGUGCUACACCUUCGUUUUGAUAAGGAUAUGGCGGCCCAUUCAGCCUGUGAUUUUGGUGGGGGAAAAGCUGAAAAAUUAGCUCUAGCCAAGUACCGACAAGCAAUUUGGCAGGGAAGGGUUCUUAAUUCCCAAUUUACUGAUGAAGAGUUGAGGAAUCAGGGACGUUGCCCUUUAACUCCUGAAGAGAUUGGGUUGCUACUAGCGGCCUUGGGCUUCGACAACAAUACCCGUCUCUACCUUGCCUCCCACAAGGUAUAUGGUGGGGAAGCAAGGAUUUCAACUCUACGAGAACUGUUUCCACUAAUGGAAGAAAAGAAGAGCCUUGCUUCUUCAGGAGAAAGGGCCCAUAUCAAAGGAAAGGCUUCUUUAUUAGCUGCGCUUGACUACUACGUUAGUAUGCAUAGUGACAUCUUCAUCUCUGCAUCUCCCGGGAACAUGCACAACGCUUUGGUAGGACAUCGAACUUUCGAGAAUUUGAAGACUAUAAGGCCAAAUAUGGCAUUGUUAGGCCAACUCUUUCUGAACAAAAACAUUAGUUGGUCAGCCUUUCAGCAGGCAGUGGUUGAAGGGCAUCAAAACAGACAUGGGCAACUCCGGUUAAGAAAGCCAAAAAAAUCAAUAUACACAUAUCCCGCUCCUGAUUGUAUGUGUCAUGCAUAGGCGUGGUGCCCAUUUGCAAGAUGUUUGGAGGGAUGCUUACAUACCUUCUGUAUCUAUUGAUUUGAUACUACGAUUAUUGUUUGUGGCCUGCAUUAUUGGUAUCAUAAAUAAUCCCAUACCACUUUAUGAAAGUACUUCAUGUUUUGUUAAGCAUAUCAAUGCCAUCAGUUUUAUAAUCUAAUAAUAAAAUUAUCUAUGCUUU